AUGAAUGAGGAACCAAUGAAUUCAAGCACCUUUGAUUAUGAUUAUAUCGGAGUGACCAGCACUACAGACUAUGUUAUUGGUGAUGCAGUACUAUGCGUUAUGGAGGAAGUCAGAAAAUUCACAAUGUUAUUUGUACCCGUCGCAUAUUCCCUCAUCUGUGUCUUUGGGCUCCUGGGGAACAUUUUAGUGGUGAUCACCUUUGCUUUCUACAAGAAAGCCAAAUCCAUGACUGACGUCUAUCUCCUUAACAUGGCCAUAGCAGACAUAUUGUUCAUCCUUACUCUCCCAUUCUGGGCUGUAAAUCAUGCUACAGGCUCAUGGAAGUUUAGCAACAUUAUGUGCAAACUGACUACAGGUAUCUAUGCCAUCAACUUUAAUUGUGGAAUGCUUCUUUUGACCUGUAUCAGCCUGGACAGGUACAUUGCAAUUGUACAGGCGACCAAGUCUUUCAGGUUUCGAACCUGGACAUUAGCAUAUAGUAAGAUGAUCUGUUUGAUGGUGUGGCUAUUUUCCAUCAUAAUCUCUAUUUCAACAUUUAUAUUCAACCAAAAAUAUACAAUACAAGGGAGGGAUGUGUGUGAAGCCAAAUACCACACAACCUCUGAGGCAGCCAAAUGGAAAAUACUCAUCUUGGUUUUCCAGCUUCUCUUUGGUUUCUUUAUCCCUUUGUUGUUCAUGAUAUUUUGCUACAUGUUCAUUGUCAAAACUUUAGUGCAGGCCCAUAAUUCUAAGAGGCAUAAAGCCAUCCGGGUGAUUAUUGUGGUGGUCCUUGUCUUUUUGGUCUGCCAAGUGCCCCAUAAUAUGGUUCUUCUUGUGGUGGCAUCCAAUAUAGGUCGGCUUCGAUCCUGUAGUGAUGAGAAGCUCAUAGCCUAUACAAGGAGUGUCACUGAAGUCCUGGCUUUCCUGCACUGCUGUCUCAACCCUGUGCUUUAUGCAUUCAUUGGACAGAAAUUUAGGAAUUACUUCCUGAAGAUCAUGAAGGACCUGUGGUGUGUGGGCAGGAAGCACAAACCAGUGGGCUUCUGCCCUAAGAUAUCUUCAGAAACCUUUAUUUCUAGACAGACUAGUGAAACCUAUGAUAAUGAGAAUGCUUCAUCUUUUACUAUGUAG